CUUAAAGUUCUGCAAUUCAACGAAAUUCUACUUUACUUUCUUUUUCAAUAAUUGUGAAAUUUAACUGAAUUUUGUAAACAAAGUUCAAGAUGUCACGACACAGAAUUGUGCGCGGAAUGGACUACAACGACGAGUACGAUGGUUACGAUGACGUCUAUGGCCAUUCUGUUGACGACGAUUGCGUUUCGCCCACGGAUCAGCAGUGGCUUUUUGACCGGACUCGUGGACAACACAGUAUGUCAGCUUUUAUAAAUAAGAACAAGAAUAUUCAGGAGGAAGCAGAGGAUAACGAAGAUGACGACGACGAGGAGGAUGAGGUGUAUCAAAAAUCUCGCAGAGAUUCUGAAAAUUUUCAAAUGCCGGAACUGGAUGAUACAGCGCAGGCGAAGCUGAGUUCCUGUGUGGAUGAAGUGAGAAGUGUGGUGGGCGAUGCGGUCUCUGAACGCCGCAUUGUUGAGACUUCUAUGCGUUUCGACUACGACAUACAGAAAAUACUCGAUGAAAUACUAAACGAGGAAACAAACAAAAAAGACAAGGGCAAACGUUCGGAAAAGUUUAAACUGAAUACGACGCCAGCUGCAAAAACUGUAACCACGUCUAAGCCUACGCCCACGAAGAUUACGCUCUCUACAGUGAAGGAAACCAGACGUGGUUUUGACAUCGCCUCACCUAAAGCGCCAGCGUCACCAAAUUUAUCUGGGCGGAAUACGCCUACCGAAGGAGGUGACGAGGCAGGACGCAAUACUAAUGCCAUAUUCAAAGUUUCCAAGGAUCAGGCACAGCGCAAUAUACAGCAGUUGUACGAGCAGGAGCGCUCCUCGCAAAAAAGUCAAAUACAUAUGAUUGUUAUUGGACACGUUGACGCAGGCAAAAGCACUCUGAUGGGCCACUUACUUUACGACACGGGCAACGUUUCACAGAGAUUAAUGCACAAACACGAGCAGGAGUCAAAGAAACUGGGUAAGCAGAGCUUCAUGUACGCCUGGGUACUAGACGAAACAGGCGAAGAACGUGCCCGUGGCAUAACUAUGGAUGUGGGCCAGUCACGCAUAGAGACAAAAACAAAAAUUGUGACGCUACUGGAUGCGCCUGGGCACAAAGAUUUUAUACCCAACAUGAUAUCAGGAGCAACGCAAGCGGAUGUGGCGCUGCUUGUUGUUGAUGCGACACGUGGUGAAUUUGAAUCUGGAUUUGAAUUGGGCGGACAGACCCGGGAGCAUGCUAUACUUGUUCGCUCAUUGGGUGUUAAUCAGCUGGGCGUGGUAAUCAAUAAGUUAGAUACAGUGGGCUGGUCCAAGGAGCGUUUUCUAGAGAUCGUUCAUAAACUAAAAUCCUUUCUAAAACAAGCUGGGUUCAAGGAAUCUGAUGUCAGUUUUACACCUUGUUCUGGUUUAACGGGCGAAAAUCUCACAAAAACUGCUCAAGAGCCAGGGCUAAAAGCGUGGUACGAUGGACCGCAUCUUCUGGAUGUUAUUGAACACUUUAAGGUACCCGAACGCGCGGUUGAUCGGCCAUUUAGGAUGUCCGUAACGGAUAUAUAUAAAGGUACAGGAUCUGGUUUUUGUAUUUCGGGUCGCAUUGAGACAGGUGCACUCUGUGUCAACGAUAAAGUGCUCGUAGGUGCUAGCCGAGAGCAGGCACAGGUCAAAUCCCUGAGUAUCGAUGACCUAACUCAGACCAGUGCCUUUGCCGGCGAUCAGAUCUCCGUAACGCUAGGCGGCGUUGAUAUGAGCAACAUUACCGUGGGCUGUAUUAUAUGUGAUCCACAAAUGCCAAUACCUGUGACCACCCGAUUUCAAUGUCGUAUAAUCGUAUUCAAUGUCAAAGUGCCCAUUACAAUGGGAUAUCCGGUGCUGCUCCAUCAUCAAUCACUGAUCGAGCCGGCUGUUGUCUGCAAGCUGACGGCAUCCAUUCACAAAAGUACCGGCGAAGUGGUCAAGAAGAAGCCUCGUUGUCUCGGACAGAAUUCGUGUGCUCUGGUCGAAUUGGAGACCUCGCGUGCGAUUUGUAUUGAAAGAUAUUCCGAUUAUAAAGAACUUGGACGCGUUAUGUUGCGCGUUGCAGGCGUUACGAUAGCUGCUGGAAUGGUUACUAAAAUUCGCUGAGUGCUUCCUAUUUAUUUCAUUCAAUACAAAAUUUUAG